GAAGUUAUACGUUCAAUAUUUUCUUUUUUCCCUUUCUGCCGCUAAACUCUCUUCCAUCCUCCUCUUCUUCUUCUUCUUCUUCGCGGGACUUUCGCCAUCUUCCCUCUCCCUUUCACUCUGCUGUCCACCGCCUCGCCGAUCGUCGCCCCAAGCUUCCGCCUCUUGCCUCCUUCUCGCCGCCGCCGUCGGUAACGUCAAGGCAUCUCUCUCUUUCUUACACCUCUCUGUUGGAAAUUUCCAUGGUGAUUAGAAGGAACGUGAUUCAACAGCGAACCAACCAUCUUCCAGCUUUUGUUUGCUGAUAUUGCAGGGAUAAAAGGUGUUGCCGUCUCCAUCUUUGUUCUUCUCAGGAUACCGUGCCAUUGAGUUGUGCCAGGAAUCAGUUUUUUACAUCCAUAAUUUGAGCAAGUCAUCGAAAAGGUUUGGGAAUUUCAGGGGGAUGGCAUUUAGAGGGCGAGGACGAGGUGGUGGUGGUGGGAGCUUUCAAUACGCCAAGCAAGAACCUUUCGAGCUUUUCCCAGAGAAUGUAACGCUACCAAGCAUCGGUGAAAUGCCUGAAGAAUUAGCCUUGGCUAUGGGUCACAUCAACUUUAUGAAGUAUUGGAAGGCCUCUCCUUUUUAUCUAGAGGAAAAUGUCAUGAAAAAGAUGCAAAGAACUGAGAUAGAGAAAUUUUCCGAUAGAACGAAGCUGAAUAAUACGUUGAAGCGUGAUUCCCUCGCACAAAUUAUACAGCUCACGUCUAGGAACUUUCCUGAAGAAUUGGUUGAAGGUUUCAAAGGGAAGUUGCGGACCAAACGAAAAGUGCAAUGGAACCCUGACUCAGGGCUGAAAAAAAUGGACCUCCUAGAGAAGCGUGAAGAAUCUCUCAAGGGACAGGAUAAGGAGGAUAAGGAGAAGAAAGAAGGAGAAGAAGGUGAAGACGAAGACGAAGAAGAAGAGGAUGCACAGUCCGAGGAACUUACCGAUGAUGAUUAUUAUCAGAACGAAUAUUUUGACGAUGAUGAAGACGAUUACAACAUGGAAGAAGAAGGUGGAGAUGAACCUGAAUAUUAGUGACUAUGGAAAGUGAGUGGUGCUAUCUGAGGGUUGUUUCUCCAACUCAAAUAAUUUAAUUGCUGCAGGCCAUUCAAUUGAAUUGAUUUUAUUUUAUUUGAUUUUUUUACACUUCUUCUUUCUAAAUAAUUAAAUUUAAGUUUAAAUAAUAUUUUAGUUCUUCCUUUUUUAGUUUUUUCUUCUUUCUUGUUUAUGUGGACGAUUUGGCUAAAAUGUUUUUUUUUUAAUAAAAAAAACUAUUUGAUAGAUGUAAAGUAGCAAUCCAUUCUGUUUAUUUAUAUACGAAGGAUCAAAUUUCUGAUG